CAUGUUGAUGACGUCACAAGCAAGAAUAUAAACCCCCAGUGAGAGCAAGGCACUAUAGAUCGCUCCACGUCUUCAAUGGGCAUAGACACGACGCUCAGUCAAUCCACAACCUCACUCAGCACUUCUCAACGCUGGACUUUACAAUCCUCGUAAGGUGAACAAGAUGGCUUCUACCGCUUUGACAGACAAGACGGUGCUGGACAGGUACAUGCGCCUGCCCAUUCCUGACAAUAAAUGCCAGGUCAUGUACGUGUGGGUGGAUGGCACAGGGGAACACCUCCGCUCCAAGACCCGCACCGUCAACUUCAUCCCUAAAUGUGCCUCAGAACUGCCAGAAUGGAACUUCGACGGCUCCUCCACGGGACAGGCUGAGGGAAGCAACAGCGACGUGUACCUGAGGCCCGUGGCACUGUACCGCGACCCCUUCCGCCUCGGCGAAAACAAGCUGGUGCUGUGCGAGACCUACAAGCACAACAAGAAGCCCACAGAGACCAACCAUCGCCGCCAGUGUCUGGAUGCCAUGACCCGCGCCGCGGAGUCCCGCCCCUGGUUUGGCAUGGAGCAGGAAUACACGCUGCUGGACACUGACAACCACCCCUUGGGCUGGCCCAAGAACGGCUUCCCAGGACCCCAGGGUCCUUACUACUGCGGCGUGGGCGCCAACAAAGUCUACGGGCGUGACGUGGUGGAGGCGCACUACCGCGCCUGCCUGUACGCCGGCAUCAACAUUUCCGGCGAGAACGCCGAGGUGAUGCCCGCCCAGUGGGAGUUCCAGGUGGGUCCCUGCGAGGGCAUCUCCAUGGGCGACGACCUGUGGAUGGCCCGCUACCUGCUGCACCGCGUGGCCGAGGACUUCGGCAUCGUGGUCAGCCUGGACCCCAAGCCCAUUCCAGGAGACUGGAACGGCGCCGGCAUGCACACCAACUUCUCCACCAAGGAGAUGAGAGACCCCAACGGCAUUGCCGAGAUUGAGAAGGCCAUCGACAAGUUGUCGCGGCACCACAUCCGCCACAUCAAGGCCUACGACCCUAAGGAGGGCAAGGACAACGAGCGCCGCCUCACCGGCCUGCACGAGACCUCCUCCAUCCAUGACUUCUCCGCCGGCGUAGCUAACAGGGGCUGCUCCAUCAGGAUCCCCCGCGGCGUGGCCGAGGAGAAGCAGGGUUACCUGGAAGACAGGAGGCCGUCGUCCAACGCGGACCCAUACAUGGUCUCCGAGGUGCUGGUGCGAACCAUCUGCCUGGACGAGUGAGCGCUGGACGCCCGCCGCCCGCAGACAGACCCGCCCACCUGAAGGGACCAACACGCUAUACUCUCACGUCACACUGUCUCGUCUCUCCCUCAAUCGGUCACCCCGGCGAUGUUCGCCGGGGUUAAGUACAAGUAUUAGUUGUGAUAGUCGGAUGCGAGCGUCCAUCUAUGUAUAUUUGUAUAUAAGAGAAAUUACGACAAUUACUAUCAAUAGGUCAGGCGUAACAUUAUGUGUCUAUGUGUAAGUCUUGUUUGUUCCAGUCAUUAUCACCACUAAUUUAAUUAAGGUCAUUACACUUAGUACAGUUG